AUGUCGGAUUCCCGCGCACACCCUGCAUCAAAACCAGCUAAGACUUCCAAUGAUUUUGAUAGUAUCAGUGAUGGUGAAUCCAAAUUCUGGCGAAAAGUUAAACAAGAUCCAGUUGUCCCAAUUGGUAUGACAGGAUUCGGUUUAAUUGUCCUUGGCGCCAUUAUCGGUUUCAAUAGACGAGAUAGAAGUAAACCAACUUCUACAUAUUGGAUUCGUACUCGUGUUUUUGCUCAAGGUUUCGUUGUGUCUCUACUUACGGCUGCAGCCGUGUACCAUGCCGUCAAAGACCGUGCGGAACCACACGACAUUCACGGGCAUAAAUUAAAUCGACAAGGUACACCCACACCCAAUUCUCACCAUUAA